AUGUCUCUUUUCUUUUAUACAGGUGUGAAUGGUGGUUCUUCUAAUGUAGACAGUCAUGCCAAUGAUAGGAGAAGAGUUACAUUUGGUGCUCCUGCAGUGCCUCUACGACCCAAGUCACCAAACGCAGCAGGUAUAUCAGCAAGGCAAAGCUGGCCCAACAUCCAUCAACCUCCGGACACUGGCCCCAUCACACCCAACGAGAUUGGAGGGUCCGAGACUGCUGGCCCCAGCAGCCGCCUUCCAAAUCACCUAUUUCACACAACUCACGGGAAGAACAUUGUCCUUUCUCCCAACCGCAAACUGGCUACGCGCGGCGGGAGCUUCUGUAAUGCAAUAGUGUUUACACACCGCCCUCUUCGUCCACAGGAUAGGCUUCAUCUACAGUUGAUACAGAGCACUCAGGGAUGGAGUGGGGUAAUCAGGUUUGGAUUCAGCUGUCAUUGUCCUGAUAGACUUAAACCUCACAUGUUACCCAAGUAUGCUUGCCCAGACUUAACUGUGAAACCAGGUUAUUGGGUAAAAGCUCUUCGAGAGACAUUAGCAGCCAAUGGCAAUGUACUCAGUUUCUUUGUGAACUCCCGUGGUGAGGUCUAUUAUAGCAUUAAUGGAGAACCCUAUCACAUGUUUUUCAAUGGCGUAGAUGUCAGCAAACCACUUUGGGCUCUUAUCGAUGUCUAUGGCAAUACCACAGGAAUUCGCAUUGUUGAUGAGCACACUGUAGCCAAUAAUGCAUUCAACCUCCCACCAACUGCAGGGUAUGAGGCUGUUGGUAGAGGUCCUUCCUCAUCAGCGUCAUCUCAGUCUCUCCCUCCGACAAUCAAUCCUGCGCUAUCUGAGAAUAUAUCAUCUAAUAUACCAAUGACUCUAUCAGGGCCUGUACCACCGCUUCCCCCUUUACCCCCGCUACCACCUCAGAUGGCACAACAGCCCCUUUUGGAACGCUUACCAUUCCACAGUGUCCAUGGCUCAAACAUUGUCUUUAGCGAGGGCCUGAUGUCUGCUGAGCGCAAGGCAGAUGUCUUCAACGGAGGAUUGGUUUUUGUAUGUCGUUCUUUGAAAGUGGAUGAAGCUGUUUUCAUCUGCAUUAAGACGGUCAAUCAUCGAUUCAUCGGUCAUCUUGGUAUAGGACUCACCACAUGUGACCCUAAGGGUUUGAGAGAUACCGCUAUCCCGGACGAUGCGGAGCAUGUUUAUGAUCGACCAGAGUACUGGGUGUUGACAAGGGAGUUUGAACAGCCAGCGGCUAAUGAUGUCAUGGGUGUGGUCUUUAACUCAGAAGGAGAAGUACAUCUCUUGAAAGCGGAUGGCAGCAGUAGAUGUUGUUUGAUGUUUGUGGAUGUGACAAUACCACUCUGGUUGUACUUUGAUGUGUACGGGACAACACAAGCAAUCCAAACUAUAGGUUAUCGUAACAUCAGCAUUCCAUGUACAGGUAUGACUGAGACGACUGCCGAAAGCAACACUACCAACCUGAACACAGUUGUAGCAAGUGAGUCGGCCGCUGCAGUCAAUGCUGAAGCUCUAGCAUACAGGCUUGCUGCUUCUUUUUUAUCUUCCUCUUCCUCCGCACCGGCUAUCACAGGAACCGCAGCAUCAUCCAAACCUAAACCUCCACGUCCUUCUAAACCACCUACCAGGAGUGCCAAGGCAAAUCCUUCAACAUCAUCAAUGUACCCCCAAGCAAGCUCUCAAGGAUCAUCAGCAUCAGAACCUUCAGCAGCCGCAGAAGCAGAGGAGUGCUCUAUCUGCUUUGAAGCACCGGUUAACUCUGUGUUCUAUAAGUGCGGACACACUUGUUGCUGCUUUGAAUGUGCCAAUAAGAUGAGAGGGUCAUGCUGUCCGAUAUGCAGGGCGGUCAUUGCAGAUGUUAUUAGAAUGUACAAGCCAUAAUGUGCCAUCUCUUUUGGGUGGUCCAAGGAUUUGAAAUGGUCAUAUACCAGGAAUAGGGAUCUUAGCUAUACAUGACGUCCCCCAAGGAUGUAUUUGAUGGAUGACUGGAAUAUGGAAAGCCACAUUUAAUUGCAACUGUCAUGCUGCAUUUCCAUUUUUGUGAAACGAACCAACAGAAUCCACCAAUGAUAUGGUUUAUACAUGUAAUAUGGCUUUACCAGUGACGGUGUGCUAUAAGAGGAGAAUGUCAUGUUGCCAUGUAAACCAUACAUUUACUACUGGAAUGGUCACAUUGGAUAUGGAUGCACCAUGAAGCAAAUCCCAUUGAGCAGCCUUUGCUAAUAAGUAUGAUGGGGUCGUGUGGUCUAAGAAUUGGACUCAUAAUCACAAGGUUGUCGGUUUGAAUCCUCGCUCUGCCAUUGUCUCUACUUUGAUAAAAAGACCCAAGAGUAAUAUCUGCCGUCUAUAUGAUCAGCCAAUAUGUCGGAUUAACAUAGACAUUAAAUGUUUCCUAUGUACUUGGUUAUAUACCAGGAUUACCAGCUUGGCAUUAUGGGAGUUACUUUAAACAAAAAUCUAAACAGUAGGCCUAUGCACAAGCCAUAGUAUCUACAGGCCACAAUGCAGGGUAGAUACAUGUAUCUUGAUUUUAAGUCAAA